AUGACCUCAGACUUCCUAAGCAAGGAAGCAGUUUUCACCAAACCCUUUAAUGUUGAAUUCCGCUCCAGAGAUGAGUGGAAACAUCAGGAAGGGCAUCUCCAAGAUAUGGAGAGCUUCGUCUGGUACACAGACGGCUCCCUAAUCGAUGGAAAAUCUGGUUUUGGGGUUUACUGUCGAUCACCCAGAACAGAACUAUCAGGAAGUCUGGGACAAUACUGUACCAUCUUCCAGGCAGAAAUCUAUGGCAUCUUGGCUUGUGCCAACCUAGGACUAGCCAGACGGCUGCUCUCAAAGCUCUUGACUCAAAUGAAGUCACUUCAAAACUGGUCUGGGGAGUGUUUCAACACCCUCUGCAGACUUGCAUCACAGAACUCUGUAACUCUCGGCUGGGUCCCAGGCCAUGUAGGCAUUGGCGGCAACGAGAGUGCAGACAAGCUGGCAAAAAAAGGUGCGAGCAUGCCACUCUUUGGACCAGAGCCAUUUUGUGGCAUCAGCAAAGCGGCUGCUAAACAUGUAAUAAACAAAUGGUCCAGGGGACAUCAUCUUGAGCGUUGGCGUAAUUAUCCUGGACAAUCACUUGGCGAAAAACUGCUCUCAGAACCUAGCACCCUCUUCACUCGCUGGCUGCUAAAGCUGGGGAGAGGGCAGGUCAAGCAGGUACUUGCUCUUAUCACUGGACACGGCCAUUUCAGGAAACAUCUCCACACUCUAGGAAUUGUCAAUGACAAGCAGGAGUGUCGACUUUGUAACCAGUCCGAUGAGACUGCAAAACACAUUAUUCUGGACUGCGAUGGACUACGGGCUAGGAGAAGGGCUAUGUUCGGUCUAAAGAAGCCAGGUGAGGAACCAGACGCUAACAUUGGGCAAAAGCUCCUGCACCUAGUUAGGGACACAGGCAUAGGCUUACCCAGUUAG